AUGAAGUUUCAACUGACGUUAGUGGAUGGGCGGUGUGCGGCGAUUCUGGCAUUGUUUUCGAUGCUGAUGCUGCUGCUGCACAGGACUGCCGGGCAAGAUCUUGCCGAUCCCGACGUGCAGGCUAUGCUGGUGGAAUACGAAUCGGAACACAUGGUCGAAAGCUACCGAUUCAAAUUUGCAACCGAUGAUGGACAGUUUCGAGAGGAAACUGGUAUGCUGAUGAAUCCUGGUACACCAGAAGAGGAGCUGGUCGUGGUGGGAAUGUACGGAUUCGAAACGGACGAAGGUACACAAGUGAUGGUUAUGUACGUCAGUGGAAAGAAAGGUUACCAGGCCAGAACUAGAACGCGACUUUUGCCUGAAUCAGAACGAAAGAAAAAGCUGCUGCGGUCUUUGGUUGGCUAA